UAGAAACAUUGACUUUAUUUACUACCUACCUACCUAGGUAUGUAUUACAAACACGGGCUGUAAACGGGAAAUAUUAACGUACAGAAAUCAAGAAAUAAUACGUAAUAUACAAUUAAUGUUUAAUAACUGAAGACCUUGUGAGAGAAAAAAAACUAUAAGAACCAUGCAUAUUGCCGGCGGAUGGGUGACUUCACAGCUUCUAGAUUCUUAGUACAAACCACCUACCUAGGCACCUAACGUAUCGCAACGGAGCAUUUGAUAAUACCUUGACAAUGCAUUUUCUUUGCCUCCAUGGUGCAGGGACCAAUAGUAAAAUCUUCGAAUUCCAAAUCGCGCUACGCCAUGAAUUGGGGGGAGAUCAUACGUACGACUUUGUCGAAGGUGUGGUGGCACAGCAUAGGGCACUUGGGAUCGAGAAUCUUGCAACAUCUGAGGAUUUGUGUUUUGCGUAUUACAAACCUCACAAUGCAGAAUCAUUCAAAAAAGCAGUUGAAGACUUGGAAAAAUACAUCAAGACCGACGGACCAUUCGACGGGAUCAUUGCCUUUUCCCAAGGGGUUUCAUUAGCAUGUGCUAUAUUUGUCGACGAACUACGGCUCCGAGAAUCCGGUCUCCGAUGUGGGAUUUUCUUUUCUGGUCGGCCCCCUUUCAUCGACGCAGGGACGCCACUUACUCACUAUUCCCACCCCACUACCCCUGUCAAGGCCGGAGAGGUGCCGAUUAAUAUUCCAACUGUCCACAUUUGGGGAGCCGAAGACAAAAUCGAACCUGGUCAGGCUCUGGCGCUUAGCAGACUAUGUAGGUCUGAGAAUAGGUACGAACAUAUUCAUGGUGGUGGUCAUGAAGUACCAGGGUCAAGAGAUAAAGAAGGCUUAAUAGAGUCGGCCAAUGUGAUACGACGCAUGUUGGCUCAGCUCGGAUGCAAUUGAGAUGUGACCUAGAUAUUAUCAGGGCGACGUAAGGAGGUACCUGUUGCAUUUUCCUAAUUAAAAUUAAUGGAAAUGGUUUUUCUUGAAACUAUCACUUAACAGCUUAUUGGAGUACAGAGCAACGUUUCUUUAUUCCUUACAUGCUGC